AUGCGUUCUAUUCUGGUAGCGCUGGCCGUGGGCCACGGCACUGGCCCAGAAUUGCAAGCUGUCUUCCAAAAGGUCAUUGUGGCCCUGGCAACUCCAUACGACGUACAAGUUCAAUUCGUCACGUCCCCACGAACUUAUCAUUCUUACUCAUCCCUCUUGGCCAUCAAUGACACCGAUGUCGUCAGUGCAGAGACACUGACGGAUGCGGACCAUUACGAAGACUUCUGCCGUCAGGUCGUCUCCCGCGGAGCAUGCGCCAUAUUUCGAACUUCCAUCAGCGCGCAGGCACUAUACAUGGUUCGAGACCGGCUGCUCGCCGUGAAGGUUGAGCAGUUCAAACUGAGCUCGUCUGCAUCGAUCUUACUGGUGCGGGAUCAGGCUCAAGGAUUCUACUCCGGUUUGAACAAGAUCGACUCAGCCCAGGAGACGGUCUCACGAUCAUCAUAUUUCAACAAAGGGAUCUUUGAACAGAUCCUCAAAUUCUCGCUUGCACGAGCUCGCGAAACUUGGGGCGCCGACACCGUCAUCAAGACCAUCACGCUGGUGUACAAAUUUCACCUAUUUGACGGACUAUUCCACUCAUGGGCGGAGCAGUGGCAGAAAGUCUUCGGAAUAGGCAUACAGUUUGUCCAGGGAGAUACGAUGAACCGCAAUCUGCUGGCAUUCGGCGUCAAAGGUCACCAGCUGCUGAUCUGCGCCAAUGAAUACGCAGACAUCAUGCAGACAAUACUGCUGGAUCGGUUCGGGUUUGGUGCGCAAGAGUCCGCGUGCGCUGAGAACGUCUAUCUCUCCGCCGCGGUCAAUGGAAGCCUCAGCGAGUAUCAGACCGCGCAUGGCUCCGCGGACGACCUGACCGGUCAUGGCGUGGUCAAUCCAUCGGCGACCAUUCGUGCAGCAGCAGCGCUGUUGGAACGUCAUGGGGGCUGCCCGGGGGUUCAACGCCAAACGGAUGUGACCCUGGACGAGCUGCGUGCAAAGCACAUCCGGACGCUGGAUCAGGGCGGCACGACCAAGACCGAAGCUUUUGUGGAUGCUAUGCUACAGAGGAUCGCCCCGAAUCUUCCUGUAAAGGCUAGCAAUCACGGCUGGCGAUCUGGUGGCGCCGCCGUCGUGGGCCCCCGCCAGGCCCGGAACAAGUCGUGUUUGGUGGUGGUGGAUUUCCAGAACGACUUCAUGACGCAGUACAAGAGUCCCCGGGUGCUGAAUCGGAUCAAAGAUUACAUGCCACGACUUGUGGACUGGGCGCGUCGCGAGGCAAUAGAGGUCGCGUGGGUGCGAUUCCUUGGCGACGAAAAGUACCAACCAGCGACCUGGCGGCGGCGCAAUCAGAUGCAGGGCCAACGGGCGUGGUGUCAGGAAGGCAGCUGGGGUGCAGAGAUCGCCAGCUGCGUACAAGUGCAAGCCCCCGAGCGGGUCUUCGAUAAGAAGGCAUACUAUGAUCCGUUCCUGGGGCCUGAAUUUGCAAGCUACGCUGCGGGAUUCGAGCAUCUAGUGGUGGUGGGCCUUUUUGCUGAUAUUUGUGUGGAUGCAGCGGUCCGGGGUGCCUUUCAGCGAGGGUUGUGGACUUCGGUGGUCCGCGAGUGCACCGCUGGCUUGCAUAUGCCUGAGGAGCAGAGCUUCGCUUACAUGCAGCUCGUAUAUGGUUGCGAGGUAGUAGGGAUCGAUCAGUUGCUGUCGAUGGGGCCGAUGGCCAGUCUGUAG